GGCCACACCUGCAUUAAACGGGGGAAGUCCGUCGGUGCGGUGAGCUGGCAGCACAGAGACACCGAGUCUGUGGACGGACAGCCGACGGAGGCAGCGAGACGAGCACCUACAGCCGCUGCAGUCGCGAGGAUCGGAACCUCCUGAUCCAAAAGGCACUGAAGGUGUUCUGCGAGAGACAGCUGUGGGGCUUUACGCAACCCACACAUGGCUGGAAAUUAAUAAAAAAAAAAACAACCGAACUGCAGGUGCAGAAAAGAAGACAUCAGGCAGACAACCCGAGCUUAGGUUUUCCUUUGUGAUCCCUGACAGAGAGAGGACAGUGACACUGAUUUGCCAAUUGACUCUGCACUGUUUCCGGACAGAGUGGGGCAGCCCAAGCUCUUUUUCUGUCCAUUGUGCCGAGAGGAAAAAAAGGAAAAUUCAGCUUGUCUGCAUAAGGACCUAUUCAGCAACAAUUCUCUUGGCCAGCAACAACAAAACCCACAUAGAACAGCAAUAUCCCUAGCCCCAAGGAAUUUCCUUCAUCUUCAGCCCCUUUUUCUCAUCUUUACCUCCCUCUCAGCCUCUUUCCACUUUCCAGCCUUAUCCCCCAUUUGAAGUCCCACAUGACUGUUCAGAAACAUCCGUUACCCUCCCACUCCACACGAACCUGCUCUCCUCUCCCUCCAGCCCCUGUGGCGCUUGGCACCAGUGCCCAUCACAUAGACAGAUGGAGCCAACCCUGACCCCUCUCCUCGCCCGUGGGGACGCCAAGAGAUUCAACGCCUGACUAGAGGAGAGGGUGGGGGUUGGAGUGCGUGUGAGCGUGAGCCUGAAGAAGGAGAACAUCACAUUGUCACCACGGCAACAUAUCACAGUAACUCCUGUGGACUCCCUGUCAGCCGUACCCCAUGCUCUUGGAUAAAAUCAUACACAGCAGGAAAUUCAGCAGCUGGAGGAGAAGGAUUAUGUUUUCCCCUGGGCGUGUUUUUACUUUAUGUAUUUGACAGAACAAUCUUGUUCUAGCUUUUUCUCUGGGGCAAGGUGUCAUCAAAAUACUUGUGGAAACCAAAGAUACAGAACGAAACCCCAUUAUAUAACAUACAGACUCUGAACAUUAAUUUUGGAUUGAGGUGAGCACCAAAAUUUUAAAUUGAUUAAAAGGAUUGAGUCAAAAGCUGAGACAGAAUUGUUCUAUGAGUUUGUUUCACCUGAGGAAACCAGAAGCUGGCACUCUUGUGGGACUUCACACACCUUGGGUGUGGCUUUGUCUCCUGUAACCCGUGACAUCUAGCAACACACUAAUUGCUUGGAAAUUAACUUUUACAGCAGCAUUAUUCCAUCAAUGUUGGUUGCUGUUUUUCAACUUUCUCUGCUGAUGAUCAGGACUGUGAUUAGCAUAUGCCAGACAACCAAUUUUAAAAGAACCACGGAUCAACAAUAACAUGAGGUGCUAAUAGCCAGUGAAAUGAAUCCAGCUGGCCAACAUAACAGAGAGGGGAAUACCGGCAUCCCAAAGCUUCCCAGGUGACUGCUGCUGCUGUGGAGGGACAAGCUAAAAAUUCUGCUGCUGCUGCAGCUCAGAUUCUUUGCUUGGAAUAUUGAUGCAGUAAAGGACAAUUUGUAUCCAGUAGCUGUGAGCUAGAAAGAUUUUCAUUCACACAGGGGCAACAGACCUAAGCUGACUUUCGGGGACCUUUCUGUACACACCACUGCAGAUAAAAUCCAAAGUCACUGGGUUUAACCGAGUCCUACCAGCUCCUAUCACGUUUUAAAUUUCCACAGUUAGAAUAAGGAGUAUUUUACCUAAAUAAUCUGGAAUCUUCUUUUGUUCUUGUUAUCGAGAAAUCCGAUAAGGACCAAGGUUAUCAGUGGAUUCGGCUUUCUUUGUGGUGGUGUCAUCCAUAUUCAGCAGGCUGGGACUGGCAGCAGGAUGCCAGAGUUGGACAACUUUCCCCCUCUGAAUGGAGACAGAGGUCAAGAUCUGGGCCUAAAUGGUCCAGUAGACCCAGCCCAAAUUCAGCACAGCAUCCUUGAGGAGCAGGUAGAGCUGUGGUGGUUCAGAGAUCCUGGGAAAUCUGUACUUUGCUACUGCGUUGCUGUGCUUCUAAUCCUGGGCUGUGGACUCGGAGGCGUCGGCCUACUCUCCACCACCACCAGCGUAUCAAGUGAAUGGAGACUUGGAGCAGGCACGGCCCUGUGCCUGUUGGCUUUGGGGGUCCUGCUCAAGCAACUGCUCAGCUCGGCCGUGCAGGACAUGAACUGCGUCCGAAGCCGACACCAGAUAAACAUGUUAAAGAGUGGCGGCCUGUCAGACAUUUUGGUGGUUUUGAUCACAGGGCUGUCACUGUUGAUCUGUGGAGGGGUUCUCCUACAUUUGGCCCUGGUUCACCACAUGCCAAAGCCAGGGCAGGCUCUCAACGAUAUGUACAUCUCUGGAGUGGUUUUGCUGGCAGGAGGAGGAGUGGCUGUCGUGGGUGUCGUGAUAUACACUGUGGUUGCUGUCCUGCUUGAGAGGACAAGGCAUGGACGAAGACUUGUAGACCGAGUUCUGAAUGUGUUUACUGUGUCGGGACACAUGAACCACCACGCUCGCAGAGAGACUGCCUCCAGCUUGGCCAACCUUAUAUGAGAUCUGACUGCAAUGAAGCUGUGUUGUAUGGUUCCUGUUUCCACUUACUAAGAGCAAAAUGUAACGAACUAUUAAAAGAUUUUCCUAAAAAUUACAAGAUCCAUACCUCACUUGAUUUGAAUGUGCAUGAGAUUUACAUGAAGGACGUGGAUAUUUUACAAAAGUAAAGCACAAUAAUGACAAUAUUAAGAAUAAUACAGUAGAAAUUAGUUAUUUAAAUACACUGUAUAAAAAGACAUAACCAUUUUUUAUCGUUGCAAAAUGUUCCUAUUCUAGGUCAGCUAAGAUUCACCAACAUUAUUCAUGUUUUGCUUAUUACUUUCUUCAAAGUCAGAAGUUUACAUUGAAUAUUAUUGCUUUAUAAGUGUCACAAUAUUUGAGUUAAAAUGAGACGUUUGGGUGUUUUUAAAGGCAACACCUAAAACCUUGUGUGACAUCAUGGGAAAAUCAAAAGAAAUUUGUUAAAACAUCAGAAAGAGAUUGGUGGACGUCCACAUGUCUGGUUCAACUCUGGUUCACACUAUACUUUUGAAAUGCUUGAAGGUCCAAGAUUCAUCUGUUCAAACCAUUAUAUGCAACUAUAAACACCAUGAAAAUGUCCAGUCAUCGUACAGUUCCUAAAGGAGAAUAGAUAAUUGAAUUGUUUGGUGAUGCUGUAAGAACACCGUCUCAUCUGGAAUGUACAGGGGUGAAGGCAUCACGUGUGGCUGUUUUGCUGCUGGAGGGACAUGUGCAUUUCAGAAAACAGAUGCUAUAAUGAGGAAAGAACAUUAUGUAGAAAUAUUAAAGAUUCAAGUUAUCAGCAAGAACAUCAAAGCUUGGACACAAACUGGCCUUUCAAAUGUACAAUGACCCUUAUUGCACCUCUAAAUUAGUUACAAAGUGAUUUAUGGGCCAAACUUCCCGCAAACUAUCAUGAGAAACUUGUUGAUGGACACCCAAAAUGUUUGACCCAAGGGCUUUAUUGUAAAAGAAAAAUCUACCAAAUACUAGAGAAAUCUAUGUAAACCUCUGAAUUUUGAAGAAAGUAAAAAAAAAAUGACUGUCAAUAUUUUGGAAAUUAGCAAAUGGAAAUAAUUUCAGUGAUUCUACCUGACUAGGAAAACAUUGGUCUGCUUUAAUGUCAGAUAUUAAGAAAAAUUGUUAUGUGUCUUUUUGUACAGAGUAGCUACAAUUCUGGUUGGAACUGUGUAUACAUGUAUCUGUUUAUUAAUAAUGUUUAAAAACAUUUAAAGUGUAUGAAAUCUGGCCUUUAAUUAUGUUUAUUUAUGUUUAGAAUUUGCCAAAAGUGGUGCAAUUGAUGAGGGGUUAGUGUUGUUAAGAAAGGCAUCGACUUAAACUUUAAAGAGCCCUGUUUUAUGAAAGGAUGAAAGUUAUUUUAAGUGAUUCUGACUGUUCAGAGACGAUAUACGUAAAUGUUACAGUUCUGCACUCUGCAACUGUGGCACCAGCUCUUGAUAUGUUGAGCAGUGGUUAAAUGUAUUUUAAUAAAUGUCCUAAAAGUAACAUCUGGUUAUUUAAAGGGUUCACUUUACUUUGCAGGUGGUACAUUCAAGAUAAUGCUAAUUCAUAUCAAAAACUUUUUCAUUGAUCCUGGACUGACCUCUGACUACUAUCAGCUCAAUAACUGCUACAUUGUUCAGCCUAGAAGCACAAUCUGAAAUGCAAAUGGGCAAAUAAAAUGUACCAUUAUGAAUUGUUUUCCAAUCGCUCCUCGUUCAUUUUCACAGAUAUAAAUAUUCAGCUUAUGCAGUGUGGGGCUUGAUUGACUGGUAAAAUUCAGUGUUUCCAAGUCUGUUUCUGUCCUUGGUUUUAUAAUGGUUAGAAUUCAGUGGAUCCUUUUUGUCACAGAUCUAAAAACCUGAAAGGGGCAUAAUGUUUCCUACAUACCAAGACAACACACUCAUUGGGCAAUUAGCCAUUAAAAGGCAUUGUAGAAUGUAUGUAUCAUUUCAAAUGUAUGUUCAUGUGUGUGUGUACAUUAUAAUCUGAACUUUGACAUCAAUUUAUGUUCUUUAAACCAGUUUUAUUAUUGAUAUCCUUACUGUAUCAGAUUCUGAUGUAUAACCUGAAACGAUCACAGUUAGUGUGGAAUGAAAGAAAAGAGACCAUCGAAAAGUUUAUUUUCUUUUAUAUAUACAGUUGCCUCUGUCAUCUGUCAAUGAUGUUUUAGCAUUAAGGUUUUGUUAACAUUGUGAAGUUCAAAUACAUUUGGAGCUAGAGAGCCGUACUAAACAUGAUAAUUUAUUAAUUAAAUGUGAACUUAACUGCUGCCUAAAGAGAAAGAAUCACUGUUUGAACGGCAUGUGAUGUACCUCUACAAGUCCAAUACUCAUUUAGAUGAUAAGCUACAGGUUACUUUAGAACGCUUUUGCCAUGGAGUGCCAGUUAGAAGAUUAUAUACACCAAUCAAUGGCAUGAAUUUGAAAUCAAUUUUGAUAUUAUUAUUGGUGCAUUUGAGUAAUUCUUCUUCCAGGCUGAAAUGUUGAUACCGCAUGCAAGUUAAAUUUUUAAAGACAAGAUAUAUUUCUCUGACAAGAUAUAGUUCUCUGAAAAGCCUUGACCUCAACCCUCUUGAAAAUUUGCUUAAAUGUGCCAGAAAACCAACUAAUUUAAAUUACCAUGCCAUGUUUGCCAAAAUAAAAGUGGUCAAAUAUCUAGCCAGAUUAAUGCCAGAAGCUUCUUUAUGGUUGCAAACAAAAGAAAUUGCAGAAAGCCACUGAAGUUGUAAGGAUAGUAAAAUUAUUCUUGGAAAAUCACAGUUAAGAUCAUUAAAUACCCUAAAUAAUAUGGUGUGCUUCUAAAUAUUUGACCAGAAUUGCAAACACCUUCAUGAUUUGUGUGCACUUUAAUGGAACAUCUGUGCAAGUAGAGUUUUAGAAAUGAUAAUGAAGAUAAUACAUUGCCUCAUGCAGAGGAGUUUAAGUAUCUUGGUGUCUCUUUUCCUGAGUGAAGGUAAGAUGCUUUGAUAAAUAGGACGUUUUUGCAGCUGGCAUAGCAUUUUGAAUAAAAAAAAAAAACUAUUUUACUUUUACAUUGUCUUUUUUAAACUCAGCCAUAAACUUAGCUUAAAAAACAGCAACACGUCUAUUUUAGAAGUAUUCAUAAACUAGCUAAAGUACUACAUUAUAUUGCUUGUCAAUUAAACAAUAAUGCAAAUUCUAAAUCAUCACUGUUCAUGUUCAAUAAAUCAUAAGCCUUUUAAA